AUGAAAGAAAAGAAAAAACGAGAGGAGAAGAAAAUGGCUAUGGAAUCUACAAAACGACAAAUGGAACUAGAGGUCCGAAAUUUAAAAGAUAGCAUUGUAGAAAUGAAACGAAUGUUGGAGUUUGAGAAGUCCAAAAUCGAAGAUCUUAGUCAUCAGAAGAGCUUGUUGGAUAAAAGCAUUUUGAAAGCUGACAAAAACCUGGAAGAAGAAGAAAAUACUCUAAAGGUUGUAGAGAGUAAGAGGAGAAAUGUUCACUUGAAAUUUAAGGCCUAUGUAGAAAUGGUAGAAAAAAAAAGACAGGAUAUUUAUCGACUUAAAAAAGAAAUUGACAAGUACGAAAAAGCGUAUCUUGAUGCCAAACAAAAAUAUGAUCAGUCACAAGAAGAAAUCAAGAUCAAAAAAUUGGAGUCUGACGAACUGAAAAAGAAAAUUCGCGAAAGCAGGGAGAAGCAUCGUCAACAAACCGCUUUGUACGACGCCGAAGAUAUACAAAAUAAGGAAGCAGAAUUUUUACAUCAAAAGGCUGAAUAUAGUAAAUUAUGUUCUAAGAGGGAACUUUUAACAGAUCAGCUCAAGAACUUAGAAAAGAGUAUUGAGGAACAAUCCGAGGUCAACAAACAAUACGAGAAGGAAAUUAACAAAUUGAAUGAGAUCAUCAAGGAGGCGGAACAGGAAAGAAAUCGACAAGAAAAAGAACUUGAAGUUGUCGUAAACGAUCGAGAUAUACUUGGCUCUCAAUUAAUUAAGAGAAAUAAUGAACUGGCAAGUCUUUACGAAAGAAUCAAGAGUCAGCAAAGCUUAAUAAGCAAAGGAGCAGUUCAAUAUCAGCAAAGAAUUAAUGACAUUGCAGCGUUGAAAGAGAAGAUCAUUCAAGUGAAUCAAGAAUACAAAAGAUUGGAAGAUCGACUUCAAGAUUAUGAUGAAAAAGAAAAUGAAGUGCAUUCCUUACGUCGACAAUUUCUGCAAGAGCAAUCAAGAGUUAAGGCGUUAGAAGAAGAGCUCCAAACUCCAAUGAAUGUACAUCGAUGGAGAAGAAUUCAAGGAAGUGAUCCUAAUUCGUAUGACAUGAUCAUGAAAAUUCAAAAACUGCAAAAACAACUCAUUGCAAAAACAGAGGAAGUCAUGGAAAAAGAUUUACUCAUUCAAGAGAAGGAGAAACUUUAUGCAGAACUAAAAUCUAUCCUUACAAGACAACCUGGGCCUGAAGUUGUGGAACAAUAUAAUGUCUAUCAGCAAACACUCAAAGAGAAAACGAAAAAGUACGAAGAAAUGGUCAAAGAGUUGGAAAUUUACAUGAUCAAAGCUCGAGAUUUAGAAUUUGAAAACAAAAAGUACCAAGAUGAAUUUUUCAGCCUCAAACGUGAGUAUUUCCAAAAGAAAGAGAAAGAAAAACGACAGUACAGAGCUUAUAUUGACUCUCUCAAUACUGAUAUAGACCCAUACAUGGAUCAACACAUAGAUGAUCCUUCUCAAUGA